GAAGACGCAGAAGAAGCAAGCUGCUCCAAGUGCUCUGCACGCAUCCUGGGCGCUCUACGUUCCAAUUUUGGGGAACGUCGAUGUGCAGUCAAGUCGACCCGUGUUGCCUGCUCAUUGACAAAGAGACCUGGACGCCUUAUCCAAGUACUUUGAGCCGUCCUGACAGUGCGAUAAAGAGGCAGCGACACCAGAAGCAGCAGCGGCCCAGGGACCAUGGCCGCCGGCAGGGAGGAUAUGUACCCCGUGUCGCCUUCGGCCCGUAGCCCCUACGAUAAUACCCUCAGUCCCAGUGCAUACGAGAGGGAGUACGAGUCCCUCACCCCAGAGGACACCACGGUCACCAACAGCCGUGAGCGCUUUGUGGUGAUAACACUCAGCGCACUGCUACUUCUCAUCGGCGCCUCGCUGUUCGCCAUUCUCAUCACGCUGCUCUCAGAUGACCUCUCGUUGAUCACAACGGAAAUAAGUAAGCACACGCCUGGCUUUUUUCUGCCCUUUUUUUGUCGCUUACUAGCCUUUCCUUAAAUAGUGCUUUUACCGUCACAGAAUGCAGCAUCAUAUUGCGCUAUCGAAUAGUGAGAACGCCUGCAGGCGCUCGGGAUGAGCACCUGCAGCAUUCUCGCUGUCGCCUGCAGAAACAAUUCAGCAGGCGCGUCGAGGUUUGUUGCAUUAUGCGUAUUGAGCGCCUCUGCGCACUGUGUGGACUUUUAAGAGUUGCGCGUCAGUAGCGCAGCCGAUGAUGUCUAUUAUCUCGUGUCCUUUGCUAAUCCCGUGUUUCAGCUAUCGUUACAGGAACCUGUACGAUGCCCUGCUGCCCAUGUACGCGGGUGUUCAAGAUCGCUGGCGGCCGGUUGCUGGAGUUUUUAUUAAAACAAGAAACGAAUAAAUCUCA